GAGCAAGGCAGGUGAAGCCCAUCCCAACGCCAUGACGCGUACAUGGCUGGCGCUGCUGGCGGCCUGGCGCCAGGCACAUGGGGCGGAUUUGCUCCCGGACUUCCACUUCCGCGGCGGCCCCGAGGACCACUUCCAGCUCGGCUUCGCCAUGGGCCGCGCAUAUCCAGACGUCAUCCGGUCGCGAGUGGCAGCCCAUAUGCUGCAGCUGAAGCAGCUUCUAGAGCAUGAACGGUGUCAGCAGCAGUUCCGUGCGCUGAUGUCUACACACCAGCAGCUGGUGCCCAAGCUCGUGGAAGAGUUGCGGGGUGUGGGCGCAGGUAGUGGAGCCAAGUUUGAAGACUUGAUGGCUAUGAGUUUACAGGAGGAGUUGGGGUACUGCAACGCAACAACUGCGACAUCUGGACGCAGAAGCCCUGACCACUGCUCAGACUACAUGCUGUGUGACUCCAAGCAUUGCUUUGAUGCGCACAAUGAGGAUGGCAACCUGGAAGAUCGGAAGCUCUUCACGGCUUUCAUCCAGCUGGGCGAGCUGAACUUCACGACCCUCAACUAUGCGGGGGACCUUCUCGGGGGCAUGUCUGCCUUUGCCUUCAACUCGCUUGGCCUGGGCUUCUCCCUGAAUUGGGUGGGGCCCAGCCACUGUGACGUGUCCUCCUUGGGCCGGAACUACGUGAGUCGCCAGCUCUUGGCAGCCCGAGGGUGGGAGGAAGCCAAGCAGAUCAUCUCUCAGAAGCAUGCUGCAGGCCACAACUACCAGCUGAUGGACUUUGAGGCUCGACGCAUCUCCAACUUCGAGGUCGCUUUGGACCAGGUCUCGGAGAAGGUGAUUCGAGGGGCUUUCUUCCAUGCCAACCAGUACCAGACGCUGGACGUGCAGGGUCAGAUCACGGGGAACAGCUCGCUGCAUCGCUUGCAACGAGUUCGAGAGCUGCCUUUGCCUUCAAGUCCCCAGGACGCUCUGCAGAUCCUGGGGGACCAGGAGGAUCGUGCGUAUCCCAUCUUCCAUGAUCUGCGGUCGCAUCAAAGGGGCGAUCAAUCCGACUGGACCUUGGCCUCCGUGCUCUUCGACCUCAACCAGGGCACCGUGGAAUUGAUGUUGGGGAACCCCAAGGACGCCGCGGUGCAGCGCCGCUUUCACGUGCCGGUGCAGCGCCCCUUUCACGUGCCGAUGGUGGUGUGAAAGCUGCCGCUUGGGCCACUUUCGCCAACUUUGUUGCCUGCGCAGUGAA